AUGUCGACAAUGAAAGAAAUGACUGUCAUAGCAGUUAUAUGCUUGUUAACCGAGGUAACAGGUCACGCAGGACACAAGGAAGCCAGUCACCAUUUCCUCUCGAAAUCGAUGGCUAUGGCUUUCAUUCCACAGAAUCACUGGCUGAAUCGCCGGAGCGCUACUCAAUGUCAAAAUAAUGAACCAUACUGCGAGAGCAAUAAAAUGGAAUGUAUGAAUUACGUUGAAUCGAACCGUGAACACUUCUGCGCUAUUUAUCCUGGACAUUGCGGGAUUGGAUACACCUGUUAUUUAUCUGUGCCAUGUCCCGCCCACUUCGAACUUGGAUGUUCUGUGGAUCCUUGCUAUGAUUCGCCAUGUGAAAAUGGAGGGACAUGUAACAACGAGGGUGGAUCGAACUUUACGUGCUCGUGCACUUACGGAUAUUAUGGCAGCGUUUGUGAAUAUGAUGACUCCUGCUUGAGUGACCCUUGCUUAAAUGGUGGGAUGUGCAAUAGGGUCGCCUCUAAUUACGACUGCUCCUGUACUAACAGAUACAUUGGAACUGUCUGCGAAACAGAUUGUAGACCGGGGCCAGCUGAUAUUCUUUUCAUAAUGGAUGCCUCGUUUAGGGCUGAAAAGCAGUUCAGCGAUUCCAAAGCAAUUGUCACGUCGAUUGUUAACAAAUUAUCGAUAGGAAUCGAUGAUUUCCAAGUAGCCAUCUUGAAAUAUUCCUUUGAUGUCAGUGUGGAAUUUUCUUUCAAUACCUACACCAACAAAACAGCUAUGAUAGCCGCUAUAGACAACAUAACCGCCAUUGCGGGACCUUCUUAUCUCGACAAAGCAUUGGACAAGGCAAAGGAGAUUUUUUCUUCGUCAUCUACAUUUGGCGCCAGGUCUCAGGUUUUGCAGUAUACCAUCAUAAUCUCAGACGGACUCUCUACACUGAGGACAGAAGCCGUAUACGACGCUCAAGUUUUGCGAAGUCAGGGAGUUAAAAUUCUUGCUAUUGGAAAUGGGGAGCAAGUUGAUCAAACGGAAUUAUUGCAGUUAGCUACUGCUUCGCAAUAUGUCUUUCCAUGUGGCAAGGAAGAUAAUGUUGCCGACGUAAUAUUCAUGGAAACCGUCAGCUCUAACUGUACAGAUUGUGCCCUUCACACCAUGGUAGAUAUUCUAUUUUUGGUAGAUGUUUCAAAACAUCAGAUGUUGCUACAACAGACGCUGGAUACAGUGAAGGAUUUGCUGUACAAGGCAACUGAAUAUAACUCUAACACGUAUGUUGGAAUGGCAACAUUUGAUCUCACAACCCAGUUCAAAUUUUCUCUGAAUCAAUAUACAGAUAGAGAUGCGAUACUUCUUAACAGUCAAAUAGGUCUGUCAUCAACAAACCGGAAUUCUAACGUCAGUGCUGCACUUGAGUUUGCUCGCGAGUCUGGUUUUACUGGUAGCCGUUCAGAUGCACGAAAAAUUUUGGUGAUGUUCUCUAAUGAGGGUUGGUCAGACCGUGACGAAAUCGUACAACAGCGAGAGAGUUUGAGUAUGAACAAUGUGACAGUGGCGUUUGUAACAGUCGGUCGAUCGGCUGACCUUGAAACUGCGUUUACUGUAGCAGAACGAGCCAGCGACGUGUUUUAUAUAGAACAAAACACUGACUUAGUUCGACUAUACGCUCUCGUAGCCCAGACAGCGUACGUGGAGUGUCCUGACAAUAUUUUUGAUAUUCGUCUAUAG